UGUAUUCAGUCUGUCAGUCAGUCUGUCUGUCUGUAUUCAGUCUGUCAGUCAGUCUGUCUGUCUGUAUUCAGUCUGUCUGUCAGUCUGUCUGUCUGUCUGUCUGUAUUCAGUCUGUCUGUCAGUCUGUCUGUCUGUCUGUCUGUCUGUAUUCAGUCUGUCUGUCUGCUCUCUGUCAGUCAGUCAGUCAGUCUGUCUGUCUGUAUUCAGUCUGUCUGUCUGCUCUCUGUCAGUCUGUCUGUCUGUCUGUCUGUCUGUAUUCAGUCUGUCUGUCAGUCUGUCUGUCUGUCUGUCUGUCUGUAUUCAGUCUGUCUGUCUGCUCUCUGUCAGUCUGUCUGUCUGUCUGUCUGUCUGUCUGUCUUCAGUCUGUAUUCAGUCUGUCUGCAGUCUGUCUGUCAGUCAGUCAGUCUGUCUGUCUGUCUGACAGUCUGUCUCUCAGUCUGUCUGUCUGUCUGUCUGUCUGUCUGUCUGUCUUCAGUCUGUCUGUCUGUCUGUCUGUCUGUCUGUCUUCAGUCUGUAUUCAGUCUGUCUGUCUGUCAGUCAGUCAGUCAUUCUGUCUGUCUGUAGUCUGUCUGUCUGCAGUCUGUCUGUCUGUCUGUAUUCAGUCUGUCUUCAGUCUGUCUGUCUGUCUGUCAGUCUGUCAGUCUGUCAGUCUGUCUGUCUGUCUUCAGUCUGUCAGUCUGUCUGUCUGUCUGUCUGUCUGUCAGUCUGUCUGUCUGUCUGUCUGUCUGUCUGUCUGUCAGUCUGUGUGACAUUGGUUGCUCCUUUCUGUUCAGGCUGUUUCAGACCUGCUGCACUCUGAGCUAAUAUGCAGUAUGACUCCCCGAGGACCUCUCCUGUGUUCUUCCUCUGUGAGAGAAGCCCCUCCCUGAUAUCGCCCCGCGGCGCCGCCCACACUCACAACUUUGCCGAAACCCUGCCGACGGAGAUGAGCGUGAAGAUCUUCGGCGAGCUGGACGCGGAGAGCCUGUGCAGCGCCUCGAGGACCUGCAAGCUGUGGCACCACAUCAUCGAGGAGAGCGACCAGCUGUGGAGGGGCCAGUGUCUGCUGGUCGCCGCCGUCUGCCAGAGGGAGGUCGACAGCGACAGGAGGGACGGCCUGUCCUGGAAGGUGACCCUGGUGAGGAACUUCACCCGCAGCCGUCUGAAGAGCGACUGGCUGCGAGGACGUUACAGCAGCGUGAGAUCGGCCGAGGAGCUGGUCGGCAGGAAGAUGACGCCGCUGGACGCCGAGACGUGGGGAGAGAUCCUUCAGGCGGAGCUGGACCGAUGACCGACGGCGUUCAGGACUUUAUAUAAAGUCUGAUUUUUAACCCUUUUAAUAUUAAUAUAUCUUUUUGUGUUUUCAUGUGAAUGCACACAAACAAUUGUACAUAAUUAUCUUUUUAAAACUUUUUUUUAAGAAAAAAAGGAUCAUGGGGAAAUGAAAUAUUAACAUUAUUGGCUGAAAUGAAGCUUUUUUUAUUGCUUUGAUGUAAAUAUGACUGAGAAUAAAUCAGCGUUGGAGCCUGUGA